UCCUCAGUCCCCUGUGCAUUGGCCCGGCAACCAGCAAUUUGCUGGGCAUCCAGCCACUAUACCCCAGCUUUGCACAGAGGCUUCGGAGAGUGAAGUGUCCUCCCGGCCGGUGACCAUCAGCCCUGUGUGGUGGUGCACCGAACAGACCAUCUCCGGAAGGGGGUGCCGCUUGCUGCAGGCCGCACAGCGGGGGGCCCACUAUGGCCCUGAGCGUCUUGUCUGAGCAGUUCUGCAUCGGAAGACCUUGCAAGAAGCCUCCCAGCGCCCAGGCCAUGAAGGAAGAGGCCUUUCUCCGCCGCCGCUUCUCGCUGUGUCCGCCUUCUUCCACCCCCCAGAAAGUCGACCCCCGGAAACUCAGCCGGAAUCUGCUCUUCGGUGGAGAAAAUGAGCUCUACCCUCUCAGCCCAGGGAAGGACAUGGAGCCCAAUGGCCCAUCGCUGCUGAGGGAUGAAGGGCCCCCGACCCCAGGCUCUGCCACAAAGGGGCCACCGGCAGAGUACAGACUGUACAAUGGGUCCGACAAGGAAUGUGUGUCCCCAACAGCCAAGGUCACCAGGAAGGAAGCUCUCAAGGCCCAGAAGGAGAACUACCGGCAGGAAAAGAAGCGAGCCACAAGGCAGCUGUUCAGUGCCCUGACGGACCCCAGCGUGGUCAUCAUGGCUGAUAGCCUCAAGAUCCGGGGGACCCUGAAGAGCUGGACCAAACUGUGGUGUGUGCUGAAGCCAGGGGUUCUGCUCAUCUACAAGACGCCCAAGGUGGGCCAGUGGGUGGGCACCGUCCUGCUGCACUGCUGUGAGCUCAUCGAGCGGCCCUCCAAGAAGGACGGGUUCUGCUUCAAGCUCUUCCACCCGCUGGACCAGUCCGUCUGGGCCGUGAAGGUGACACCAGGUCUGUCUCCCCAGGGCCCCAAGGGCGAGAGUGUGGGCUCCAUCACGCAGCCCCUCCCCAGCAGCUACCUGAUCUUCAGGGCCGCCUCUGAGUCGGACGGCCGCUGCUGGCUGGAUGCCCUGGAGCUGGCCCUGCGCUGCUCCAGCCUCCUGAGACUCAGCACGCGCAGGCAGGGCCGCGACGGGGAGCCCGGGUCGUCGCCGGACGCAUCGCCCCCCUCACUGUGUGGGCUGCCCGCCUCGGCUGCCAUCCACGACCAGGACCUGUGCCCGCUGAACGGGUCCUCCCUGGAGAACGAUGCUUUCUCAGACAAGUCGGAGAGAGAGAACGCUGAGGAGUCGGAUAAUGAGACCCAGGACCACAGCGGGAAGACCAACGAGAGCGGGAGCGCCCAGUCGGAGACCCUGGAGGGACCCGUGCCAAGGGGGACCACGUACGUGGAGCAGGUCCACGAGGAGUUCGGGGAGCAGCUGGGCCAAGCGUCCCAGGUGGAGACCGUGUCGGAAGAGAACAAGAGUCUGAUGUGGGUCCUGCUGAAGCAGCUGCGGCCAGGCAUGGACCUGUCCCGCGUGGUGCUGCCCACGUUCGUCCUCGAGCCCCGCUCCUUCCUCGACAAGCUGUCUGACUACUACUACCACGCCGACCUGCUGUCCAGGGCUGCUCUGGAGGGGGACGCCUACAGCCGCAUCAAGCUGGUGCUGCAGUGGUACCUGUCCGGUUUCUACAAGAAACCCAAGGGGAUCAAGAAGCCCUACAACCCCAUCCUGGGGGAGACCUUCCGCUGCUGCUGGCCCCACCCACAGACCAACAGCCACACUUUCUACAUAGCGGAGCAGGUGUCCCACCACCCUCCCGUGUCCGCCUUCCACGUCAGCAACCGCAGGGACGGCUUCUGCGUCAGCGGCAGCGUCACCGCCAAGUCCCGGUUUUACGGGAACUCGCUGUCGGCUCUGCUGGACGGCAGGGCCACGCUCACCUUCCUGAACCGGGCAGAGGACUAUACCCUCACCAUGCCCUACGCCCACUGCAAAGGGAUCCUGUAUGGCUCUAUGACCAUGGAGCUGGGCGGUAGAGUGACCAUCGAGUGUGAGAAGACCAACUUCCAAGCUGAGCUGGAAUUCAAGCUCAAGCCUUUCUUCGGGGGCAGCACCAGCAUCAACCAGAUCUCGGGGAAGAUCACGUCAGGAGAGGAGGUCCUGGCGCGUCUCACUGGACACUGGGACCGAGAAGUGUUCAUCAAGGAGGAGGGCCGAGGAAGCACGGAGCUCUUCUGGAACCCGAGCAGGGAGGUCCGCGGGCAGAGGCUGAAGCGGCACACCGUGCUUUUAGAGGAGCAGACGGAGCUGGAGUCGGAGAGGCUCUGGCACCACGUCUCCAGGGCCAUCGGCGAGGGUGACCAGCACAAGGCCACACAGGAGAAGUUUUCGCUGGAGGAGGCACAGCGGCAGCGGACCCGCGAGCGCCAGCAGAACCUCGUGCCCUGGAAACCACAGCUGUUCCAGCUGGACCCCGCCACCCAGGAGUGGCGUUACCGGCAUGAGGACCGUAGCCCCUGGGACCCUCUGAAGGACAUCGCCCAGUUUGAGCAAGAUGGGGUCUUGCACACCGUGCGGCGGGAGACCAUGGCCCACCAGACCACCUUCCUGGGCAGCCCGGGGCCUAGGCACCAGGGCCCUGGCCCAGACCGGCGCCACCGCAAGGCCAGCGACCAGCCCUCUGGCCACAGCCAGGUCACCGAGAGCAGCUCCACACCCGAGUCCUGCCCAGAGCUCUCAGAUGAGGAGGACGAGGACGAGGAGGAGGAUGGUGACUUCAUUCCCGAUGUCCCAGGCAGCGAGAGCCCGUGCCCUCGGUGUGGGAAGGAGGCACGGCGGCUGCAGGCACUGCACGAGGCCAUCCUGUCAAUCCGGGAGGCCCAGCAGGAGCUGCACAGGCACCUCUCGGCCAUGCUGAGCUCCACGGCCAGGGCCAGGCAGGUGCCGGCGCCAGGCCUCCUGCAGAGCCCCCGCUCCUGGUUCCUGCUCUGCGUGUUCCUGGCGUGUCAGCUGCUCAUUAACUACGUCCUCAAAUAAGACCCUUAGGGGGCAACGUGGGCAACACCUGCAGACCUCGGCCAGCCCCCGCCCUCCCUCCCAGGCACCUAGCACUUUCAGCCAGUUCGAGGGGAGGCAGAGAGAGCCGGCAAGCGUGGCCACUGUGGACAGAGGGGCCCAUGGCGACAGGAGUACAGCAGAAGGGACCUGGAGGGCCACACAGGCUCCUCUGGGGGAGGUCUGACCUUCCCUGUGGGACCCUCCACCCAGAGCCGGCCUUAAUGCUGAAGCCAAAUGCAGCUUUCCUCAUGCCUCAUGCCCCCUGGGCAACUUGCCCGCUCAUUCCCAGUCCAGCGUCCACUUGUCCCGAGGGAGUGACGGAGGCGUGGGUGGACAGCCUGCCCGGGCUUUGCACGGUCAUUCCGCAGCAGGCGUGAGCGGGGAGUGUUGGCGGGGCAAGCCAGGAGUCCCAGAGGUUCCAGAGCCGCCUCCAUCCUGCCGCACCGGGCUGUCCUUCCUGACACCCUGCCCACGCUGCCCGAGUCGCGCUGAGACGGGCCUCCCUCGGACUCUGGGGCAGAUGGAGCUGCUCGGGGGAGAGCAUUUGGAUUUUAUUAUGCUCUGUGCUGUGUGGGCGGGACCCUCACCACACAUACCAGUGGAACCAACCCCACCUCGCACAGCCUGGGCGUGGCAAGGGGAGCACCGCACACCUGGGCACGGGUGUGCUUGCGUGGGCAGGGAUGGCAAGGGCGGCUUCCCGAGCCCCAGCAUUCCCUGGGGCAGGGAAGCCCAGGUGUGCCACCUUGCUGGGACUGAUGCACGGUCUUCCCAUUUUACACUUUUUUAAUAAACGCAAUUGCAAUAUUUUAGGCAGGCUGCAA